CAUAGCAGUAAAUAGGUGAACAUUUCCUUCACGCUUGAUUAACUGAGCCGAGGCGAAGGAAACCCUAGAAUUUGCAGCCACCGCUGGGUCCGAGAAAUGGCCAAGUCGAAGAAUCACACAGCGCACAAUCAGUCCCGAAAAGCCCAUAGGAAUGGCAUCAAGAAGCCAAGGAAGCACCGCCACACUUCCACCAAAGGGAUGGAUCCCAAGUUUCUGAGGAAUCUAAGGUACGCCAAGAAACACAACAACAAGAGUGGUGAAAGCGGUACUGAGGAAGAGUAAUUUAGAACGAUUUGAAUUUCGAGUCUGCUUCGAUUGAACAUUUUUAUGUCUCUGCCCUUUUUGUUCAUUAGACUAGUUAUUUUCACUUGAAUUUAACGAGUCCUGUUACGACUAUCGAUUAACCUGUUCUGGAAGUUCAAAUUUUUAGUGAUUGAUUGUGUUUUCACACUCAUUUCUGCA